AUGCAAAGAGUAAGAACAGUGGUGAAUACACGCACCUCAGGUAUACAGGUUAUCCAAUGUCUACGUCAUAGUUAUGCAAUUUGGAAACACAUUGCUUGUAACAAGUUGAAUUUUACUGAAGAAGCAGCUUGGGCUUAUUUUGAGACAUGUUUGAUUAUGUCCUGCCCCAAAAUGGAGUACUUAAUGGAACUGGAAUCAUCUCUUGCAAGAAUAAGCGAUUUAGCUGAAAAAGAAAGCACUAGGCUUCAGCAAUCUGUAGACCUCUACACAUUCGCGAUAUUUCUUUAUGCGACUCAAAUUAACAAAUUGUCCUUACGAUCAUCAGCAGCUUCUGUUAGCGGCGAGUGGCCAGGGUCGCCUACAAAGAGUUUAGAUGUUUUAACCACUUCAACCGCUGUGAGAAGAUUCAAGAAUACAUCCGAGCAAUACCAGUUGCAAUUCAUCACGGAUUAUCUGGUAGAAAUUCUGGAGCUCUUAGCAGACUCAGAACCUCCAGGGAGCAGUUCCUCUCCUAUUAGUAACGGGGAUAAAUCCAUCCAUUUCUGCGCUUUGGAUGCCCUUUCCUUCCUUUUCGAAGGAACCGUCGAUCGGAUGAGUUCAAUCAAAUCCCUUCGAGACAUUCUCUUUGAUCCGUUGUGCAUUUCUCAUGUUGGAUACGAUAAGUUGGCGAAGACCUUCAGCAUGCGUUGUCUGCACUCUUGGAUCCGUGCAAAUGUUUGUCAAUGUCCCUUCUCCGUGGAGUCCUGCAUUCUCAAUGGUACUCACAUACAUUGGGGAAAGGUGAGUAACAUCACUGCAUCUUUGUCAACGCAACCUUCCAAAAGACGACAGAAAAUUGCUACUAAUGUUCACCAAUUGCCACCUUCAACUGGCUUUCGAGGGAAUAAGAUUGUUGCAGCGGAGAUGCUUCACAAGCAGUUUAUUGCUCGUGGAUCUCGUUUGCUUAAAUACGCAACGGUUCGACUGCAUCGCGCAACCUCAAGCUCCAUAUAUCUGCUUGCUCCACUUAGGUGCGUUGCUCUAGAUCAGUGUCGCAAUUCGACGAUCGUCCUCGGUCCAAUCGAAAGUACCUUGACGUUAACAGACUGCGAGGACUGCCUGAUCAUUGCUGCGGCACGUCGUGUAGUGGUGUGGGCCUCACGACGCUGCACCCUCCACCUCCUGUGUGCCACGCGGCCUCUUCUCCUGCAACCACCUCCCAUCACGACCUCCACUGUCGCUGUUGGAACCAGCGCUCCUCAUUCCUGCCCCCCGUCACCCCUUUCAGGUGUCUCGCGUGCCCAAAACGGCCCUGGCAACGAGGACAUCGUUUUUGCUCCUUUUCACACUACUUACCCCGAACUUCGUCAUCAUCUUGACAAAGCAGCUCUGAAUCCUGCUGUCAAUCUCUGGGGCAAACCCCUCCUUUUUGUCUUUCUGGCCUUAGCAACACCGGCUGUCAUACAAAAAUGCUUCAACCCCUACGAUAAGGUAUCGGCGGGCAAUGACUUCUGGAGGUCAGGCCCCAACCAUUAUCAGUCCAAUGGCAUUUGGGGUCUUCUACCGCCAGACAACUUUUUCCCUUUCAACAUUCCUCUCGCACCUCUGACGACAAAUGAGGAGGGCAGAGCAGUAAUUCAGUACGCGGACGGUGGCAGCGUCACAUCCUCCACAGUCAACAUGCGACUGAAGCAGAAAGCCUGCGAUGUCUGCCGCGGUGUGAUCGUGGACUGCGAUCGAGGUGGGGACGGCUCUAAUGGUGACUUUGACAUGUCGGGGGAGGACUUUGACACACCCGUUAAGGGAGCGACUCUUCUUGUUCCGCUUCCACCAGUUUACGCCGAAGCAGUGAACAAACGUCGUGCCGCGUACGAAACUUGGCAACAAACCAUACAACGCACCAAUUUAACAGAAGAUGAGAGUGUAUAUCUCGCGAAAUGUAUCGAGACACAAUUUCAAACUUGGUUGGUUGAGUCAGGUUUGCUAGAGGAGUUGAAGGUUCUCGAUUCUGCAUCAAAUGCCUCCAAGGUGAGGCAGUUUCGACGGUCAGAGGUAUCCGAGGGGGGAGCGAACUACACUACCACGCCAUCCUCAUUUCCUCAUUUUCUUCACUACCACUGA